AUGGAGCAAGAGCAAAAACUGUUGAUCUCAGAUUCUAGUGGCUUCACGGAGAGGGAGAGUUUGAAAAGCCCUUUUCCAGGAGAUGCAAGUAAGAAUCAUUUGGAAGCUGUACAACACAACUCCAAGGCAGAUAAAGAGAGCGCCUCAAAACGGUCUAAGAGAGAUGGCCCACAAAAUUGUAAGCAUGAGGAUAUAGAAGAAAGUCCAUUGAUGUGGUCCCAAGGCAAUGAGAUCUGGUGCAGUGAUUCCUAUGAGAAGGAUGGCAAGUCAGAGAAUCAGGGAAAUUCUGCAGGAGAAGAAGAAGAAAAACCCAGUCACUGGGGAUGGGCUGCCGGGGAACGCCGCAGUGCCUCUGUCCAGCAGAAUUCGACCUCCAGGGACAAACCCUACAAGUGUGCUGAAUGUUGGAAAAGCUUCAAUAACAGCUCUCAUUUGCGUAUUCACCAGAGGACCCACUCAGGAGAAAAACCUUAUAAAUGUUCUGAGUGUGGGAAAUGCUUCAGUAACAGCUCUCACCUGAUUCAGCACCUGAGAACACACACAGGAGAGAAGCCCUACCAGUGUGGCGAGUGUGGGAAAAGCUUCAGCAAUACCUCCCAUCUAAUCAUUCACGAGAGGACUCACACGGGAGAGAAACCCUAUAAAUGUCCUGAGUGUGGGAAGAGCUUUAGUAGCAGCUCCCACCUUAUUCAGCACCACAGGUCGCAUACCGGCGAGAAGCCCUACGAAUGUCCCGUGUGUGGGAAAUGCUUCAGCCACAGCUAUGUCCUCAUAGAACAUCAGAGGAUUCACACGGGAGAAAAACCUUAUACGUGUCCUGACUGUGGAAAGAGUUUUAGUCAGAGUUCUAGCCUGAUUCGCCACCAGCGGACACACACGGGAGAGAAGCCCUACAAAUGUCUCGAGUGCGGGAAAAGCUUCGGUUGUAAUUCGACUCUCAUAAAGCACCAGAGGAUUCACACAGGAGAAAAACCGUAUCAAUGUACAGAAUGCGGCAAGAGCUUCAGUCGAAGUUCGAACCUAAUCGCACACCGGAAAACACACGCAGGAGAGAAGCCCUGUGAAAGUCCCGAAUAUGAAGAAAGUUUGAGUCGGAACUGCAGUGCGAUAGAAGAGUGUGGACUCCAGCCUGGGGAGAAACCCUACAAGUGUUGUGAGUGCGGAAAGCGUUUCGGUCUCAGCUCCCAUCUCAUUAGACACCAGAGAACACACACAGGAGAGAAGCCGUACAGGUGUUCGGAGUGUUGGAAAACUUUCAGUCAGAGUUCCACCCUGGUGAUUCACCAGAGGACACACACGGGAGAGAGACCUUAUAAGUGUCCCGACUGUGGCGAGGGCUUCAGCCAGAGCUUUAAUCUCAUCAGGCACCGGAGGACUCACGUGGGAGAGAAACCUUACAAAUGCACCGACUGUGACAAGUGCUUCAGCAGAAGUGCCUAUCUCACUCAGCAUCGGAAGAUGCACCUAGAAAAGUCUUUCGAGUCUCCUGAAGUCAAUGAUUUUCCUCCUGGGUGGACUUGGAAAAACUGUCCAGGGGAAAUGGCCCUCAUCUCUUCCUUUUCAGUCCCACGUCCAUCUUCCUCCUGA